AUGAAGCGCUCGACCCGCAUACCUCUCCGACUCUUUGCGGCGUCGUCGCCGAUGACGACAGCGGCCGGCUGGCCGUGCUUCGCUGCCGCUGCCGCCGCCGCCUCCAGAACCAUCUCGACUACAACGCUCAAGCCUGCCGAGGUCGCGCCCGUCGUUGGCACCGGUCCGCCACCUGAACCCCCCGUCCCGGAUCUUGCCGCAGAAGAUCGGGCGGCGGCUGCGCGCGCGCGCGUCGAGAGGAGGAAAAGACAAGCAGAGAUGUUGAAGCACGCCAAGAUCAUCCGCACAUCGGCGGAGGCGAAGGCAAGCAAGCCGGGCGCUCUGAAGAGGAGGUUCUGGAACGAUGUCAACGUGCAAGAGGUCGAUGGCGCUCUCCAAGUCCACCUCGACAACCGUCCCCUCCGCCACCCCAACACCAAGGAGAUCAUGCGUCUGCCGGUCUCCAAGCAGCACCUCGCCUCCGCCCUGGCGAUCGAAUGGGACUUCAUCACCUCGGCCCAGCAGGCAACCAAGCAGCACAUGAUCCCCCUUACCUCCCUGACCUGCCGCGCCCUCGACAUCGCCGAGGACGAUGCUGCCUCCGGCGCGAUCCGCCAGUCCAUCGCCACGACGCUGAUGCGCUACCUCGACACCGACUCCCUGCUGUGCUGGGCGCCCCCGGCUGGCCCGCUGGACACGCGCAAUGAUGCGGGUGAGUCUUUGAGAGACGUCCAGAAGCGCACGGCUGAGGAGGUCAUCGGCUUCCUCACGGCGCGGGUGUGGCCGGGCAUCGAGAUCCACCCGGUCCUGGACGGGCAUAGCAUCGUGCCCAGGGCGCAGGCGGAGGGCGUGCGAGAAGUAGUGCAGGGGUGGGUCAUGGGACUUGACCCAUGGGAGCUGACUGGUCUCGAGAGGGCUGUCUUGGCGGGCAAGAGCCUCAUCACCGCGGCGCGCUUGGUGACGGAGUGGAGCGAGGGCCCCGUCGGGGAGUGCCGCGACCCGGAGAGCCCGAGGAAGUUUGGCAUCGAGGAGGCGGCGACAGCGGCGAGCCUGGAAGUCUCGUGGCAGAUUGGGUCCUGGGGCGAGGUGGAGGACACGCACGAUGUGGAGAAGGAGGACCUAAGGAGGCAGUUGGGGAGCGUCGUGCUGCUGGUCUCGGGCACGAACCGCAAGUGA